GUUAUGCAAAUUGAUAUCUUAGAUUUAUAAUGAGUACUGUUUAUAUUUAUCAGCCUGCAACACUUAUUUCUAAAAAUAAUAUCAUGGAAUCUCAAGGAAUAGAAGAAAAAGUGCUCGAGCAAUCAGUUGAAGCCCUCAUGAAUCGUUCUCGAGAAUUGAAAAAUGCUUUGGUACAAUUUAUUGCAAAAAUAGAUCACGAACAUGAAACUCUCACUUGGACAUCAGUCUUGGAUAGUUAUGCUCUGUUAUCGGGUCAAAUGAGUUCACUCUUCAACUUAUUGAAAGCUGAAAAAAUAGCACCUCUUCAAAAUUAUCCUAUCAUACCGUUACGCUUGGGCCAGGAUGACGACCAAUAUCUUGCUAAUCUAACGGAAGGUAGAUUGCUAUAUCUUAAUCAUGCCGUUGUCCCAGAUUAUCUAAGGACCAAACCUGAUCCAGAGGUCGAACAAACGGAACGUCAAAUGAAUAAUGAAGCAAGUGUAUGUAAUGAUGCAGCCGUCAAAAACUUAAACAAAUGUUGUGAUAAAAUGUUAGAAAGAAUAAAACUUUCUCUACAUAAUUGGAAAAACGAUCAACAGCAAAUGAAAAAUAUAAAACCAACAUUUAAUCAGAAUGACACUGUACAAUUAAUUGCAGCCUCAACGUACGGUCGUGAUAUUUCAAUACAACAGUCUCGAAACCCAACUCAGCUACCACCAGGAGGUGGGAAAAUGCAAACGACAACGGGUGUCAAAAUAGAGUCCCAUCCAUAUUCAAGGCCAUGAUUGCUUAGGAUCAAUGUUUUGGAUCCAUUUGGUAUUGGAAUAUUGUUGUAAAUGCAUUGUCUUAACAUGAAAUGAAGGCUUUGAGCCGUGGGACUGCUUGAAAAAAUAUAUGUAAUAUUCUGACAUUACAUGAAUUAAUAUAUGAGGGAACUGGCGAAUAUGUAGGGGAAUUGUAGUUCAUCUAAAAUUAAUUUUUCUAUCUAGAUUAUGAAGAAGACUGAUGAAAUACAAUAUGAUAAAAACUG